AUGGCGGGGGAAGAGACGGCGGGACAGCAGGCGCAGGGGCAGCAGACGCAGGGGCAAGAGGCGGAGGGGCAAGAGGCGGGUGGGGAAGAGACGGGUGGGGAAGAGGCGGGUGGGGAAGAGGCGGGUGGGGAAGAGGCGGGUGGGGAAGAGACGGGUGGGGAAGAGACGGGUGGGGAAGAGGUGGGUGGGGAAGAGACGGGUGUGGAAGAGGGGGUUGGGGAAGAGGGGGUUGGGGAAGACUCGGAUGGGGAAGAGACGGAUGGGCCAAAGGCGCCGGUGGCUAAGCAGGUACGCUACUACACCAGUAACAGUCAGCUGUCAAGUGCUGUUGAAGGGGGCAGGUUGCUUGAACGUGUGUCGGUCAGUGCCGACAUGCACGACUUCUAG